AUGUCGAGUAAAGUCUCCUCAAGUGGAGAGCUCUUGAGCCGGUGGAGAAGAAUCGAAGAAGACGAAGAGGAAAAUGAUGAUUCGGAUCCCUCUACAGUACGACGUCUUAAUCAGCGCAAAGAACAAUGGUUUACUGAUGCAUUCAGUUUAUUGAUAUCUUUGCCGAAAGAUACUCAUAUUUGGUGUGGGCAUGGAGAUGUAAUGGGACCUCUUCUCGAGACGUUUUACAAUUUCUUCAAAGAUAAUAGAGAUGAUUCACCUCUCAAGGUCUUGUGGAAGAGAAUCUCUGAAGAAAUGCGGCUUUGUGCCCAAUGCAUUUGUCAGCAUCAUCAGACUCAGGAGAUGUAUGAAAAAGAGUAUGAGUGUUCUUCUGUUGGUCCACUACUUGCUGUGUUAAGAAAACUUGAUGAGGAAAGGGUGACUAGGCACUUGCAAGAGAUCAACUUGAAAGUCGAAAAAGGAACAUAUGAUCCAGAUCAUCAUCAUGCAGAAGUUGUUAGUGUAAUGUACGAGGUUUUGAUGUUUCCGUUCUUCUUUGACGAUAUGUCCUUAUGCUCUGAGUUUGAGAAAUUCAUUGAGUCAAUCGACAACAUUCAUGAGCUAGCAUUUGCUGAGAAUCAAGAAUUUCCGGGCGUGUAUGCACUUCUUUUUCUCAAUAGAAGGGUGCGUGUAAUUGGUUGUCGCUUGGCGAGGGCCAUGGGGAAGUUGAGGUCAGCAACCCAGUUGGAACGUCUUCAGCCAUUGCUCAAGAAAUUCGUUGGAAUUCUGGAGAUGGAGGGACUGCCUUCUGCAUCUCAGGAACCACGGCCGAGGAUUUAUCUAGACCGCUCAGCCAUAUGGCUUGGGAUGACAUCAUUGCUCGAGUUCUUAGAAGGCCCUGCUUUUGAAGAGGGGAUAUUAGAGCCUUAUCCCAUUUUUGUUGAUACUGUGUUGAAUCAUAUAAGCGGUGAUUCACCUGAAUUUUCGCUGGCUGUUAAUUGCCUGAAAGAGCUAUUUAAGACACUUGGUUGUAAGCUUUGGCUUAGGUCUACCUUGUCCCCAAGUGUGAUGCGUAACACAUUAUUGGGUCAGUGUUUCCACACAAAGGCUGAGAAGAUCCACAAAGCCAUUUUUGAUCUUUUCCAGCCAUUAUUACAGUCCCUUGAGGCUUUGCGAGAUGGUGAGCAUGAAAAGCAACGUAGACACUUUCUCUACUUUCUGCUUCAUCAGGUCCCAGUUAGCAGUAACUUCAGCAUUUUAGCUAGAAGAAUUGGCCACAAGAUUGCUCUUCUUAUUGUACUCAGAGGUUACAAGAUGAACCCACCUUGCCCUCCCUUUGAGUGUGCACACAUGUGGGGCCCAUCUCUUGUGUCGUCGUUUAAAGAUUCUUCACUUCAUAUUUCAUUACGACAACCUGCAAUUGAUCUUGUCCAAGCUAUCCUGGUAUCUGAUGCAACUGCCCUACUAGCUUCGUUGCUACUAUCGCUAUCCCAAGCAGUAUUUUGGUCUCGAUCACGUUUUUGUUUGGUGGAAUCUGAAAAGAGUGACGACAUGACAGUUGAUAUCGAAACUUGGCUUUCAUCUUCUGCUAUUGAAAUCAAAGGCACGCUUGGAUGGAAGGUAGCAACAGGAUCUGAUGACGGUGGGCCAGGAAAGGAGUCCAAAAAUUCAGUGACAGUAUCAAAAAUGUGUCUUACGUUGAUACGAACACUGAAGAGAUUGACCAAUUGUUUUCUAGUCCAAAUGGGUGAAGAACAUCGAAAACAGUGGACCUGGGUACCAGGGAUGGGAGAAACCUUCAUCCUUUCGCUUUCAGACCCAGAUGAUAAUUUAAGGCAGUUUGGAAAGUCUAUGCUGGAACACGUUUCAAAUACCAGAGGUCUGUCUUGUGGGCUGAAGUUUCUCUGCUCUCAAAGUUCACACCUUGUAUUUGUUUUUUCUGGAGCUAGACAUGUUUUACAGCAGGUCCAUUUAAGCUCUGUUCUACGAAGUUUUCAGAUCCUGCACCAUUUUUUAUUUUUAUUAUUCAAGCUGCUGAAGGAAGGGGAUGUGGCCAUUGCUGACAGUGUGAAGAGUUCCGCAGGGGGAUUUUUGAGGCAACCUGACUUUAAUGCUCCUCCUGUGAUUGAGAGUAGAAAUUCCUCGAGUGCUACCCCGGAGUUGCUGAAGUUUCUCUACUCGCUGGCAGAAGUUGCCUGGGGAGCGGUAAGGAAGUGCUUAGCUGAGGGAAAGUCUUUCAUCCAUCAAAGUCUUUGCCAGAUGACAUGUGUACGUUUGCUUGAGACACUUCCUGUCGUUCUGGGAAAACUUAGACUAAGCGGUGAAGAGUCAUGUGCUACUAGAGGAACUUUGAAAGAUGCAUCUGAUCUAAAAUGGCUUCCUGAUCUAAUUUAUUGGGGAAGGUCACAACUUAAAGUUGUUGUUGCGUAUUGGAGACGAGCAUUAGCGGCUUUGCUAGACAUCUUGCAAGGAUCAAAGAGUGACGCUUGUUCCUCGGCAGUCCAGGCUAUCAGACGUGUUCUAUCUUCUGAUGAUCUUGACAUCGAGCAAUUAGCAGAACAAAUCUCACGUCUUGUUCCCAAGGCAAAUGAGUACCAGAUUCUCAAACCUGUUAAUGUUGUUGGCAAAGCACCGGAUAAUUACAUGGAUCUAACAGAGGAUGAGAAUGAGAAGGAAUCAUUGAAGAACUUACCUUGUCUGCAUAAGUCUCAUCAACUUGAUAUCAAUAAAACUCUUCAACCGGCCAAAAGCAUCUCACAGGUUUCCUCUCUGAAGAAGAGUACAUCUAGUAAUGAAACUUCAAACUUUUCGGCUGCAGUUAUGUCAGAGAAAGAUGUUUCAGUGAGCUCCAGCAACAUUGUCAGGGACCUUCCCACCGCAAAUGCUGAGCCAAGCAAGGUUGGUAGUAUGAGUAGGGCAGCAGAAAACAGACAAAAUGUGGGAGGUCGUCUUUCAUUUGAAAACGGAGUCAACUUAAAGAAUGCUACUGAUGAACCCAUUUCUCGUGGAACUUCAAAAGAGGCCCAGAAAUCUGCAACUUCCAACACAAAAGGCGUGGAUUUGAGAAAGAUUGUUAGUGAGACAGAGGUUGAUCCACUGGACUUGGCACUAAAAUCUCUGAAACCACAGUCAUUACCCCUGGUAAAACCAGGGCCCGUUGUUCCCAAACGACAAGUCAUUCAACUUUGUGCACCUGUAAAUAAGAGAUCUGAUCGUUGGCAGAGGCAAGAAGCUGGAUUUAAAAGAUUCAGGCCACCGAAGCUUGAAGAUUGGUUUAGAAAGAUUUUGGAAAUGGACUAUUAUGCAAUAGUGGGAUUGGCGUCAACGAAUAAAGAUGAGAAACAGAAUGUCACAAAGUUUAGGGAAGUUCCAGUGCGUUUUGGCUCACCUGAGCAAUAUAUUCAGAUUUUCCAGCCGUUGGUGCUAGAAGAGUUUAAAGCACAGUUGCAAAGUUCAUUCCAGGAGAUAUCAUCACUGGAGGAAAUAUAUUAUGGUCUUCUGUCAGUUUUAUCGGUUGAAAGAGUUGAUGAUUUUCACUUUGUCCGUUUUAUGCAAGACGAAAAUGAUGACCCCAACUUGAAAACUUUCUCUGAGAAUGACUUGAUUUUGUUCACAAAAGAGUAUCCAGAAAACAGUAGUCCUGGUGUUCAAAUGAUGGGAAAGGUGGAAGGACGGGAAUGGGAUAAUGAAAAACGGUCCAGUAUUUUGAAUGUACGUUUGUAUCUUCUGAAUGCGUCUUCACGACUAAAUCAAGCUAGAAGGAAUCUCUUGGAACGUAGCCAGUGGCAUGCAAGUCGCAUUCUAAACAUUACGUCCCAAAUUAGAGAGUUUCAAGCUCUGUCAUGCAUCAAGGAUAUUCCCGUUCUUCCGGUGAUCUUAAGUCCUGUGAGUGACUCCAACUAUGACUAUGAAAUUAAAGGAUCAGAUCUGCGAUCACUACCACAUCCUCUACAACAAAUACUCAAAUCAUCUUUCAAUGAGAGUCAACUUCAGGCUAUUAGUGUUGCCAUUGGCUCAUCCAAUUUGACGAAAGCUUUUGACAUUUCACUUAUUCAGGGGCCUCCAGGAACUGGCAAGACUCGCACUAUUGUUGCAAUUAUCAGUGGUUUGCUUGCAUCUGUUUCACGUAAAACAAGUGACAAUGGAAAUUCUGAGCAAGAUCAUAAUUCUUCUACAACUUCUAGGCAGAGAAUGAAUCCGAAUGUGGCUAUUGCAAGGAUAUGGCAAGAUGCAGCUCUGGCCAAACAGCUAGAUGAUGACGGGGAAACAAAUAAAAAGAUAGCAGAAAAGAUUGGUAGGGGAAGAGUCUUGAUCUGCGCUCAGUCAAAUGCUGCAGUUGACGAAUUAGUUUCACGGAUAUCUAGUUUAGGCAUCUAUGGCAGAGAUGGGAAGAUGUUCAAACCAUAUCUUGUGAGGGUUGGAAAUGCGAAAACUGUUCAUCCAAAUUCAAUGCCCUUCUUUCUCGAUACCCUUGUCGAUCAGCGUUUUGCAGAAGAGAGAAUGCGGAUAAACAAUGCCAAGAGUAACAAGGCUGCAGAUUCUUCUGCGUUACUGCGCUGUAAUUUAGAAAAGAUCGUUGAUCAGAUCACCCAUUUUGAAGCUAAGCGGGCAAACUUAAACCAGGAAAGUUUAGACUCCAAAGAUAAGCUGGGUAAUAAAAACCUUGAUAAAGAUGAUGAUGGCAAGCCAAUGUCUGAUGCAGAGCUUGGAAUAAGAUUGCGGAGGCUAUAUGAGCAAAAGAGAAAAAUUUACAAAGAUCUUAGUGCUGUUCAGGCUCAAGAGAGAAAAGCUAACAAUGAAAUUAGAGCAUUGAAACAUAAGUUGCGAAAGUCUAUUCUUAAAGAAGCUCAGAUAGUCGUUACAACUUUAAGUGGUUGUGGAGGAGACUUGUACAGUGUGUGUGCUGAAUCUUUAUCAGCCCAUAAAUUUGGCAGUCCAUCUGAAGAUAAUUUAUUUGAUGCGGUAGUUAUAGACGAAGCAGCUCAGGCUCUGGAGCCGGCUACAUUAAUACCUCUACAGCUGUUAAAGUCGAGAGGAACAAAAUAUGUAAUGGUUGGAGACCCAAAGCAGCUUCCAGCAACUGUUCUCUCUAAUGUUGCUAGUAAAUUUUUGUAUGAAUGCAGUAUGUUUGAACGUCUACAAAGGGCUGGGUACCCUAUCCUUAUGCUUACGCAGCAGUAUAGGAUGCAUCCAGAGAUUUGUAAAUUCCCGUCUAUGCACUUCUAUGACAAUAAGUUGCUAAAUGGCGUUGACAUGUCAAGCAAAUCAGCCCCAUUUCACGAGAGCCAGUGUCUGGGGCCAUAUGUUUUCUUUGAUAUUAUUGAUGGGCAAGAGCAUCGAAGUGGGGACUCAAGCUCCGUGUGCAAUGAACAAGAAGCUGAAGCUGCUGUUCAACUGCUUCGAUUUUUCAAAAAGAGAUACCCGUCUGAAUUUGUCGCUGGAAGGAUUGGCAUCAUUACUCCCUACAAACGUCAGCUUUCGGUUUUGCGUUCUCGUUUCUCUAGUGCAUUUGGAUCCCAAGUGGCAGCUGAUAUGGAACUGAAUACUGUGGAUGGCUUUCAAGGCAGAGAGGUUGACAUAUUAGUGUUAUCCACUGUAAGAGCUACUCGUUCUUCUUCUGAUGGGAGCAAUCAAAGUCGGAUUGGUUUUGUUGCAGAUGUAAGACGCAUGAAUGUUGCUCUCACAAGAGCAAAACUCUCCCUUUGGAUUUUGGGAAACACACAAACCUUGCAAAGAGACCAUAACUGGGGCGCUCUUGUGAAAGAUGCAAAUGAAAGAGGAGUCAUCAUACCAGUUAAGAGACCGUACAACUACAUGUUUGGCGAGAAAAAGGCGGAUCAAAAGCAUGACAAUCUUCCAAAGAAUUUUCCUGAGCCUGAGAAACAGCAUUCUCGCCGUAAAGAACAGAGAGCAGAGACAUCAUCUGACAGAAUAAUGAGGAAAUCUGAUGGAGAUGUUGUGUCUCUCUCUUCAAAGGGAUCAGAGAGCAAGCACAGUAGACGAAAAGCCAAAGAAGAAGCUUCUUCUCACAGGGGAAAACUAGCUGCAAGCAGUGAGAAAGUAACAUCCGAAGUUAAUCCUAGAUGGAACCAAGAAAAGAGAGAAAAAAUGAAAGGUACAGGGAAAAGCAGUAACCCGGAGAUUCAAGAUGUAAAUACUUUGAAGAACGAAGAUCCAAAUGCAUCAAAGAGAUCUAAGAAGGCUUCAUCAAAGCCUGACAGUAGCAAGAGGGCAAAUCCCACAGAUGAGAUUGAACAGAGAGAGAGACAGAUAAGAAAAGGCAAUGCUUCUAAUCAAGGAGGUGUCCAAGAUACGAUAUCCAAACGAAAACAACAGCGCGAAGCUGUUGCUGCUAUUCUAAAUUCGUCUCUGAUUCCUUCUCACAAGCCCAAACCUCCAAAGCGACCAUUGUCCCCAAGUUCAACUGCAAGCAGUCACGCAAGACCGCCUAAAGCCAUAAAAGAAUCUACCAGGAACAACAGUAAACAAAGAUAA